AUGGGAAAGUUUCAUGAUACUUUAAAUUAUUCCUUCCGAUCCCAUAAAAAUCGUGCCUAUCAACUUGAAUGUGAAUUGUUGGAGAUUUUACUUCACGGAAAUUAUCAUAAUCAUGUUAUGAAGAAUAGUUUUGAGAUUGCAGAUCCGUAUCGAUCAGUAAUAAUUCAAUUGAUUUCAAAGUGUAAUAUUGGUAGUGGUUGUGUGAAAUUUUUAUCGGAUCGAUGGAAGAGAGAUCGAGAAUUAAUGAAAAUUGCACUGAGUGUUAACGGUUAUCAAUUUGAUGAAAUGUUGCCAGAAUUCCAGAAAGAUAGAGAGUUGAUUUUGAUGGCAAUUAGAAAUGAGAAGCAAUCGCUGGUAGACAAACACUCUCCAGAGAAAAUUAUCACACAAAUAUUGAGCGAUUUUAGUGAAGAUAUAGAGCUUAUGAUGGAAUGUUGUAAGAAGAAAAGACUUUGCUUUUAUUAUCUCAGUGAAAAAUUGAGAGAUAAUGAAGAGUUUGCUGCAUUUUGCUUUUCUGAAUGGUGCGGUACGUCUGAAAUGGAUAGUCUUUCUGAGAGAUUGAAAAACAACCGAGAAUUCAUCUCAAAAAUUAUUGAAAUCAACCCAGAGAUAGUGACCAGAUGUGGAAAAGAAAUUGUGGAUGAUGAAUUAAUGUUAAAAGCACUCAAAUAUGGUCUUUCUUUGGAUCACUUGUAUAACUCUCCCCUUUUGACAAGAGAGCUAGCAUUAGAAUAUUCCAAAACAAAUCAUUGGUCCUAUAUUCCUAAACGAUUUGCCAAAGACAAAGAAAUCUGUUUAAAUAUUGUUGAAAAAUAUGGUUCCAGAUUAACAAAUCUGGAUAGUGAAAUGCAAUAUGAUAUGGAUGUUGUUAAGGUUGCAGUGAAGAACUAUCCGCACGUUUUUAAAGACCUACCAGAAGAAGUGAAGUUACAAUUUGCUAAAUCUUGCCGUGAAACAAUCAUUGAUAUUGUACAUAAUGAUUCAAACUAUCAUCUUUAUAACUAUUUCAAGAAUUACAUGGGAGAGGACAUUGAUUUUUAUGUUUUUGCCUAUACCAAAGACUGUAAUUGCAAUCCUCCAGCAUCUUUAUUAGAAAAUAGAGAAUUCACUUUGAAAUGUCUGCUACAAAAUCAUUUACGGAUCAAAGUACCAGCUCAAUAUAAAACAGAUACAGAAAUCAUCAAUGCCUAUUGGAAUUGUAAAAAAAAUCCAACAAGGAGAAUCGAAUGGGAUUGGGAGAUUAUUCUUCAAAAUUCUGAAAUCACAAUGGAAGCUUUAGAAAGUUGGUCCAAUGAAGAAAAAUUUGAUUUAGAAGUUACCCAAUUUGAAAAUGCCUCUCUAGAUAUAUUAUCAAAUAGAAAAAUCAUUCUAUUGGCAGCCAAGAAUGAAUUACUUUCCAAUAUUUCAAUUCUUCCAGAUCAGUUUAAAGUUGAUAAGGAAAUUGUCAUGCCAAUGUUGAAGAAGAAUCCAAAGCAAUUAGAAAAUACUCCUCUCAAUCGAAACAAAGAAUUUUUGUUGGAAUUUUUGAAAGAAAACCCCUCAGUUGAUUUGAACUUGGUAGCUCAUUUCAUUACACCUUUUGGAGAUGAAUUUUUACGAAGUGCCAUUGAAUUGAACGGAUUACUUUUAGAACAUGCCAAUGCGGAAAUGAAAUCAGAUAGAGAGUUAGUUUUGAAAGCUGUUUCUAAUAAGUGUCACGCUCUAGCAUUUGCUAGCGAUUUAUUGAAACAAGAUUUUGAAAUUGUAAUGCAAUCGGUUAAACAAGAUGGCUCUACUUUACUUUAUGCCAAUGAUUCUUUGAAAUCAAACAGAGAACUCGUAUUGGAAGCAUUGAAAUCUGGAUAUUUUGACGAAAACAAGGAUAUUGACUGGAAUGAUCCUGAAAUACUUUUGAAUUUUGCAAUGAGUAGAGCACCAGUCUAUUCUAUUCCAUCGUUAUCAGAAGAAAUUAGUUCUGAUUGUAAUCUCUUUGAGAAACUCUUGUCAUAUAAUGGAGAAAUGCUUCAAUUUGCUUCAGAAGCUAUCAGAAAUGAUGAAAAUCUAGUUCUUCUUGCAGUGAAAUCAUCUUGGAGUGUAUUAGAAUAUGCCUCUCAAGAAAGACAAAAUGAUCUCUUAACAAUUCUAAGAGCUCGUCAACUAGCUGUUAGAAAGUUUAGCUCCCUAGAUAUGGCAGCUGAUGAUUGGGCACCCUACAGGCCUCCAUCUUCUGUAACCACUGAUAAUGUAUGGUAUGAGAGAGUAUCAGCUGAUUUUGAAAAAAGAGUAUGGACUCAAUAUCUCCUAGAUUGUAAGCAGCAAACCAGAAACCCCUAUGCAAUGAAUUAA